UGCUCACAGAGCCCAGUAUUCUGUUGUCAAAGUAAAAUUAAUAUUUGAAAAUAAAACUAGAAAAUCAGAAAACAUUUGUCUUUUCACUUUUAUCAGUUUCUCAAUUAGAAAAUAAUUCGGAAUAGCUUUUUUGUGCAUUUGUAUUUGCUCUUAAAAAAUAAUGUGAUUAAAUUUUUACAUAGGAAAGCAUGAGUACGUGUACUUCACCAUAUGUGAUUAUUUUUAUAUUAUUUUAAACGUUUUCAAAGAAGAAGUAUUUUAGCAUUAAAAGAUUAUUGUGUAUAAUAGAAACUCUGUCUUAAACCUUCACUGGGAUAACUAAGAAAUAAAUAAUGUCUGUGCCGGCAAAACUUAUUUAUUUCGCAAUAAUAUUCCUUGUUUUUUACAUAUAUUACUCAUGUGGAUACUUUCAUUCACAACAAUAUGAUGACGACAAAAAGUGUUUUUGUGAGUUAAAAGGUUCAAUUAACGAUUGCAGUUGUACUGUUGACACUGUAGACUAUUUUAAUAAUGUUAAGAUAUUCCCACGUUUGAAAAGUCUUCUCUUAAAAGAUUUUUUUAGAUUUUAUAAAGUUAAUCUUAAAAACGAAUGCCCUUUCUGGCAUGAUGACAGUAAGUGUGUUAUGCGAUUUUGUCGAGUUAAAUCUUGCUCAGAAGCUGAUAUUCCUCCUGGUAUUAAAGGUGCAGCUAGUAUCGAAAACCCAGCAUUUAAGUACACAGCACCUGGAAAUAGUGAAGAAUCAGACUGUCGGAAAGAUUUUGAUGAAAAAUUGGGAUACUUGAACACAAGUAUAAGUGAAGCAGCUCAUGAAGAAUUCCGGAAAUGGGCAGAUCAUGAUGAAGCCGAAGAUGAUUUUUGUAUAAGUGAUGAUCAACAACACGAAGCUGAAUACGUAGAUUUGCUUCUUAAUCCUGAAAGAUAUACUGGUUAUAAGGGAAAAUCUGCCCACAAAAUUUGGAGUAGUAUAUAUCUUGAGAAUUGCUUCGACAGUAAUACUCAAAUAAAUAAAAAACUUACAUACGUGCCGAAUGAAAUGAAAUUUUCUUGUCUAGAACAAAGGGCUUUUUAUCGCUUGAUUUCAGGUUUACAUACAAGUAUUAAUAUUCAUCUAUGUUCAAAAUAUUUAUUAUCACAAAAUAAUGACUUUUUAAAUCCGAAUGGUGUUUGGGGCCCUAACAUUAACGAAUUUCAAAAGCGUUUUAGCCCUGAAACAACGAACAAACAAGGAGCUUACUAUCUUAAAAACCUGUAUUUUUUGUAUCUAGUUGAGCUUCGAGCUUUAGCUAAAGCAUCACCUUAUCUGAAAACCGAAGAAUACUUUACUGGGAAUGCUGAAGAAGAUCAUGAAGUCAAAUUAGCAGUCAGUGACAUUCUUAGCUUAGUGGAGAAGUUCCCAUCACAUUUUAAUGAAAAUAAAUUAUUUUCAAGUGGAAUAGAGUCAAUGAAGUUAAAAAGUGAAUUUAAAGAAAAAUUUCGUAAUAUUUCAAGAAUAAUGGAUUGCGUAGGUUGUGACAAAUGCAAAUUAUGGGGGAAACUACAGACUCAAGGCCUUGGUACAGCUUUGAAAAUUCUUUACUCAGAUAAAUUUAAUACUAUUAUUGGACCACAUAGUUCAGAAAAAUACUCUAAAGAUAAUGUGACACCACAUUUAACUAGGACAGAGAUUGUUUCCCUGUUUAAUGCUUUUGGAAGGCUGUCUAAUAGUAUAUUUGAACUGGAAAACUUUAGAAAAAUUUUGAGGUAACAAAAAAAUCAUUAAUUAUAUUUUUACAUGUGAUUUUAUUGAGUAGAGUGAAAGGGAUUUAAAGGUAUAUUAAAAAAUUUGUUUGAUUGAAUUUGAUAAAAAAAAAUUGUACACGUAUUCGAAACAUAAAUCUAUAUAAUACAUAUUUUUCAAAAUGUAAAUAGCUUCCCAAUUUAUUUUUAAAAAAAUUUUUCAAAAUUUUUUCAAGAAAACAUAAGUAUUUAUUAAGUUUAACUAUUUAUUAACUUGUAAAUAAUCAAAACUAGGAUAACAAGAGUCUAGUUUUUAGAAAGAUAUCACUUUUAACUCCGAAAGAACAGUAAGAACCACUUAUAACUUGUAAUCAUUAUGUUAGAGGUUAGAUGUAUCUAAAAAUAUAUUGCAGUUUUAGCAGUGAAACAAAACAAUUGUGCUUACAUAUUUUUAAUUUAUUAAGUAAUUAAUAUAUUCGUAAUUUAAUUGAAUAAUUUAAUGUCCAUAUAACUUUUGUGGUAGACUAAUUAUAUCAAUUAUUGUAUUUUUAUAUUUGUUUGAAUAACUAGUAAUAAUAAAAAAUCAAAUGAAAAUUAA